GGAAUCGAUGUAAAGAAACGCGAGAAACGUGACAAACAGCUGAUUCAGUUCAGUUCUGUAGUGCUGGAAGAAUAAGUUUUGUCCACAAUAAUUUUGAAUAUGCAAACCAUUGAAGAAUUUUUAAAUCAUAUUUAAUUAGGAAUAAAGAAUUUCCUAAUUCAAUCUACAUGCCUAAAAGUACGAUAGCUAGUGCUGAACAAUGUUGCGGGAUAUGCGGUCAGGAGUUGUAAGUUGUAUUUUAAAUAGCCGGCGGUAUACUUCUCAUGCACGACGAUCGGUUCUCCGGCAAGAUCAAUCCAAAAUACCAGUUCACGAGUACCCAACAGCAAAGCAAACCGACACCCGAGUGUACGUCUGGGGAUUUGCCGCGACCGGUGCUCUCGGUGUGCAGACUUCGGUCAGGAAGCAAUCCAAAGCGCACACGGCUGUGAUAAAACAUCCAAGCCGGUUGAACUUUGCCGAAAACCGAGACAUAAUCGAUGUUGCGGCUGGUUAUGGUUUCUCAGUGUUUGCGGCGAAAUGCCGCGAUGGCAAAAGCUUGUGGGGAACGGGAAUCAAUACCGAUUCACAAAUCGGAUACCACAAACUGGGCGGAGCGCACCGGAAACCGUUCGAACUGCUCAUCUACCCGGCACCGAUCGACUUCACAGCCGUUGAAGGACAUGAGAAGGCGGUGGAAGUGGUUAAGGUGGCCGCCGGAAGAGCCCAUACAUUAGCAUUGCGAAAAGACGGUGUGGUGUAUGCCUUUGGGAGCAAUGCCUAUGGUCAGUGCGGAAGAGAGAUCGUGCGGGGUGAAGAUUAUUUCAACGCCCCGCAGAUCAACAGGAUUGAUGAACUUGGGGGACUUAAGGACGAUCCGGUUGUGGAUGUUCGCUGUGGCCAGGAUCAUAGCUUAUUCCUCACAGCCUCUGGAAGAUUGUAUUCUUGCGGAUGGAGCGAUGACGGUCAAACCGGACAGGGUAGAUUCGGCCAGGUGAGCACACCAUCACCAAUUGAAGGUGAUUUGAAAGGAGAGAAAAUCUGCAAAGUGGUCGGAUCUUCUGAUACGGCGUUAGCUUUGAAUGAUAAGGGAGAGGUUUUUGGCUGGGGAAAUACUGAAUACGGUCAGUUAGUUACGGAUUACGAAGAAAAUCCGCAAAUCAACCUACCAAGGCAAUUAUCCUUCUUGAGGAAUUGUGGAAAAAUUGUCGACGUGGCUGCCGGUGGUUCUUACUGUAUGGUCCUGAAUGAAAACGGAGACGUCUUCACGUGGGGCUACGGAAUUCUUGGAUUCGGACCAAAUGUUGUUCAUCAAGCACAACCAACGCAGAUUCCAGCAGCUCUGUUCGGUAGAAAUGACUUCAACCCGAAUGUCCGAGUGCGGGCAAUCACGUCGGGAUUGACCCAUAGUGGAGCCAUCAACGACCAGGACGAUCUGUAUAUGUGGGGUCACAAUCGACACGGUUGCCUGGGGUUCGGUCACAAGGAGGAUCAGUUCUUUCCUCUGAAGGUGGCUGUGAGCGCACGUGUAAUGAAGAUCAGCUGUGGAGUCGAUCACACGCUGGCUUUGUGUAAGGCGUUCGUUUAAUAAAUAUCUUGUACCUAGUA